GAGCCAAUCAAGGCCAGGUGGGAAAUCUUCGAUAAGCAUGACGAAGUUUUGAUAGGGGAAUUACACGAGUACCCGGACAACGAUGACGAUGCUCUAACUAGUUGGCCCAUAAGAGCAAAGUUAUGGGAUCAAUGGAAUGGUGGUAGAAUCUGGAGAGAAGUUCGUUGCCAAGACCAGAAGGCUAGCUGUAUGAUCCUUAUUGAUGUAGACUCGUAUCCGUAA